UUUAGAUAUAUACAUGAACUUCCUUCCAUAAACCUCAUGAAGCAAACCUCUCUUUCUCCUCGUCCCAUCCUUGUCGCUCCAUAGAGAAGAACCACGAAAGAAGAGAAAAAAAAAUGUCAAAGAUCCAGUGCCACAAACCCUGCAACACAACUCUGAAACUCUUCGGCUUUGCCCUCCAAGCAUCCGUCGAUCCCUCCCCGAUAUCCGAUUCGUCCUUCUCCACCUCCACGGCCUCACUCGCCGCAUCCGAGGGACGAAAAUUCGAGUGCCAAUACUGCUUCCGUGAGUUCACCAACUCCCAAGCUCUCGGCGGCCACCAGAACGCCCACAAGAAGGAGCGCGAACAGCAAAAGCGCGCCCAGCUUCAUCAUGCCGCCGCUUCAUCUCUCUACACGCGCGCCAAUCCAAUCCCCUCUUCCUUCACAACCCCGCAGCCUCUCCUACCGGCCCACAAACCCGCCGCAGCAUCCCCGCCGGCCACCGCCUAUUUUUACUUCUCUCGUCCGUCCUUCCAACUCACCCAUAGCAGAGCCUUCCCGCCCGCUCCGAACACGCUGCCACGAAUCCGGUCCGGACCGGUUUCGCUGGGCCGAUUCCCUGCUCCGACCAACGCUGCCGGCUCUGACAGCUCGUAUGGAGUAGACCUUCAUCUCAGCCUGGCGCCUGCCAGUUCCAGAAUCGCAUGAUCCGUCAUUCGUACCAUCAAUAUUCUUGUACAUCUUAUUUUUAUUUCCUUAAUUUUGAACGCAUUAUGAUUAUGAAUUUCAUAUUAAUUAGAGUUAUGAUUUUAUUUCUUAUUGGUGUUUAUUUUUCAUUUCUUUGAUUUUCUAAAUAGGAGCUUCUUAGUUCUAAAUU